UACCUCUCCAGGCUUGUGCAUUACUGGAGAAGACCUUUAUUCCUGGUUCAACAUCUUCAUUUAUCUCACCCUCUUCUGGAGGCUCUACAGCUUUUAUACCCAGGAUGCUGGAAGGAGGAAACAAAAAUAGCCGACUGCUGUCGUCUCGCUUCGCUCAUGGCUUGGUGCUCCUACCCUGGCCAGCUGCCGAUGGAGCCAGCCCAGAUCCAGCAAGCACCCAGCAAUGAGUGCGCUGCAAACCUAACCCUCAGCGCCAGAAUUGGACCAUGGUGAAGCUGGGGGCCAGCAUCUCUGAGAAGCCUGAAAAGGAACAGCACGGAGGUGGUGAUGACUUUGAUAAUAUUCCCUUGAUAACCCCGCUGGAUGCCAGCCAACUGCAGCAGCCCUUCCCAGACAAGAUGAUUGUCAAGACCCGGACAGAAUAUAAGCUUCAGCAGCAGCAGCGGAGGAAGUUAUACAUCCCAGGGAUUAAAAAGCUGAAUGUAAACCUCUAUGAUGAAGUAUCAGAAAAAGUCAAGCUGACGGGGCUCAUUCUCGUCACAAUGACAUUCCUCGCCUGCCUUCUCAUGCUCGUCAUGUACAAGGCCUUGUGGUAUGAUCAACUGAGCUGCCCUGAGGGCUUCGUGUUCAAGCACAAGCACUGCAGCCCAGCAGUCCUGGAGAUGUACUACUCGGAGCAGGAGGCAGGACCUCAGGGCAGUCUCUACAUGGCCAUCAACCACUUUAGCCAAGGCAAGAAGAGCAUCCCGGAUCUGCCAUCCCCAUGGAUGCCAGCGGUUGGUGCUCUGAAGGAGGCUGAGAAUGUCAAAGAAGUGGCAGGAGGCCAUCAGGAGUAGGACAGGGAUCAGGUGCACAUGCCAGCUGUUGCUCCAUGGGACAUAACUCUGUCAACGCCAGUCCUAUUUCCAAAACCAAGCAAGCAAAAGACAGUCCUGAGUUGGCAUAGGGCUGGAACGAAGGGUUUAUUGUGUCCUGCAGGAUCUCUUUGUUCCCCACCCUUCUCCCAUCAGUUGGAACAAUGUUGUCCAAGCGAUUACUGCCUACAUUUUCCCUGUCUGUGUCUGUAGCUGCCAGAAGGCAGGAUCACACCAUAAAAAGCCUCUGCUGCUCGUGGUUUUCAGCUUCUCCAUGGACUAUUUGAAUGGGCUGAAUUGUGACCCUCCCUUGCCAAGUGCCCAGGCUGGCUGUAUCUGACAACCACUUCCAGCUGUGAGCACCAGGAGGGAUGUUAAUUCUUCAAAAACAUUACUCCAAUUUUGGUUCUUCUCUUUUGGGUAUUGCAGCUACUGGUUGUCAAUGGGGAGAUGCAAAUUCUAGGAAGGCCAGGGGAACAGCAACCCUUUACAGCUGAGCCUGUUGAUGCUGCUAUCUAGUGACAGCAGACAUUAAUGUGCCCUGUAUUUUACUUCAAGAGCUUUAGAAAUCUCAUUUAGAUUUAUUUGAAAAAGCCAUUGUGAAUUGCAAGGCUAAAAUUGAUUCCAUUUACUUCCAGUGCUUCUGGCUAGGGUCCUGUCUUUUUUUUAUUUGAUACCUUAAAGUGUGUGUGCUAUGGCUGGUAUGCAGUCAUGCUCCCUACUCCUGGCUACUCCUGGCUAGACCCUGUGUUUGCUCCUCUGCAUUUCAGCUGCUGCGGUGAUGCAAUGGUGCUUUUCCCUAACCAUGUGUUUCUCUAGAAAUUGUGAUCCUUGCCUCAAGGUGAGCUCUGGUGGGUUUUUUGAAGAGCCAAAAUGAAUGUGAUGAUGGGCAGCUUUUC